AUGGUUGAACCAGAACCUGUUUCUCCUCCUCAUCAACCUUCAUCAGGUCCCUUUGAGGUUCAGAUUGUCCACAAGAUGAUGAAAAAGAAGGGUAAGAUGAAGGUUGUGAAAGAAGAAGAAGGAAUACCUGAAGUCUCUGUCGUCUCUACAGAAGAUAAUAAGAAGAAGCUGCCUCGUGCCUCAUCAUUUAAAAUCUCUUCUCCAGAUGAGGCCGAUCUCAAGAAAGUUCAGAAGCUAUUGAACGAAAACUUUGCUAGCCCUGCAAAGUGUGCUUUUUCCAAUGAGUAUCUGAAGUGGGCAGGUGGUGAUGAUCAGGUUGAAGUGGUGAAUGUAAGUUUUCUCUGUGUUCACAGGGCUCUCAGGAAUAACAGCAGUGCUCCUUUGAGUUCAAUCAUGAUCGCUGAGAUGAAAAGAAGAGUUAAGUUGGAGACUGUUACCAAAGCUGUUUACUACACACUUGCAGAGCGCUUUACACCAAGCAUCAGCUGCCACCUAUGGUUCUUAGGAUUGGAGAACAGAAAACAAGAAGCAACAGUUACUCAAGGAUUAAGGAAAAUGGAAAGAUGUGAUGUAGCUUCUGUUACCAAGCUUCUUAGAGCUCACCUUAGGCAGUUUAAAAUCUCUGCCCACUUUGAAGAAAAUGAUGUACAGCACUAG